GGUGUGGGCGGUGCGAACAGCGCGGGCGGCGCGGCGGUCGGCGUGCGGAAUGUCGGCGUUUCGCUGGGGCCGCAGCGCGUCCGGUCUCCGGAGGGCCCUGUGGCCUGCGGGCCCCCCCGGCCCCCUGGCCGAGGAAGGGGCCCUCAGUGGUGUCUGGGGCCGCAGAAGGAGCUUGUCCGCCAGCCCUUGUGAGCAAGACCGCCGGAAGGACUGGGGCCACGCGGAGCUGCUGGAGGUGCUCGAGGCCCGGGUGCGGCAGCUGCAGGCCGCGCAUGUGUCGGAGGUGACCGUGAGGAGGCCCCGCCCGGCCCGACUCCCAGAAGCGGGCGGCUUCCAGCCACGCAGGAAGGCCCAGAAGGGAGGCGAGGGCACCGCCCCGGGGCUCGGCGGCCACUGGGCGCAGAAGCUGGACCAGGAGAAGUGGGCGAUGCAGAGGCGCAAGCAGCGGCUGCAGGCGAAGCUGCAGGUGCAGGCCCAGCAGCUGGCCUGUGAGCACAGGCUGCGGAUGGUGCCCCAGCUGCUGAGCGCCCCGCUGGCCGAGCGCCUGCUGCGCUGGGAGCAGGAGACCCCCCGGAGCCCCUGGGAGGAGCAGCUGGCGCGGCUGCUGCGGGAGGCGCCGCGGAGGCUGAGCUGCGAGGCGGAGCGGGCCCACGAGGCGGGGGGCGCCCCCGCGCGGCUGGAGGCCCAGCAGCAGAGGCUCCUGGCCUUCCUGGAGUGCUGCCUGCUCUCGGGCCACCUGCCCCUCGCCCACCACGUGCUGGUCACCUGCCACAGCAAGUGGCGGCAGCGGCGGGUGCUCACGCUGGCCGCGUACAACACCGUCAUGCUCGGCUGGGCUCGCAAGGGCUCCUUCAAAGAGCUGGUUUACGUGUUCUUCAUGGUGAAAGAUGCCGGCCUCACCCCAGACCUCUUGUCCUACGCAGCUGCGCUCCAGUGCAUGGGACGGCUGGACCAGGACGCCAGGACCGUCCAAAGGUGUCUGGACCAGAUGGCCCAGGAUGGGCUGCGGCUGCAGGACCUCUUCUCCAGCGUGCCACUGUGCCAGGAGGAGCAGGCCGCGCUCCUGCAGGCAGUGCACAAGGCCCAGCCCACCUUCAGCCCUCCUCUGCAGCCCCAGCCCGAGCCCCAGGUCAACACCUCACCCCUGCUCAGGGAGAUCUACGCCAAGGAGGGCCCCGUGUCAUACCCCAAGCUGCACCUGCCUCUGUGGAAGCUGCAGACCCUCUUCCAGCAGCAGCUGCGUGUGGAGAUGGCCACCACCGUCACUGUGGAGUCGGUGGAGAAGGCCCAGCUGCUCACCAAGGAGGUCCUGCACGCGCGGAGGACCCUGAAGCAGCUGCGCACCGCGUGGGUGGAGGCGCUGUGCGCGGGGCUGCGGGACGUGAAGGCCAGUGAGGCCCGCGCCGCCCGCUCCGGCCGCCCCACGCUCUUCCCGUACCUGUGUCUGCUCACCGAGCGGGAGCUCGCCAGGCUGCUGCUGCAGGUGGGGCGUCGGCGGGCU